CGUGUGCUGGAGCCUAUGGCAACGUUGCCGCCUCAGCUUGGUGGGCGACCAAUAGGAGUGCCUUAUUCUCCCCCUCCGUCCCGCCCUCCUUGUCCUCCUCUUCUUCUAAGGACCCGCUCUUGGGUUAGAGCGGCAGUGGCAGCACCGGUGGGAGAUCAAAAUGGUGUCCAUCCCUGAAUAUUACGAAGGCAAGAAUGUCCUCCUCACUGGAGCUACUGGUUUCAUGGGAAAAGUUCUACUGGAAAAGCUAUUGAGGUCCUGUCCAAAGGUGAAAGCAGUUUAUGUUUUGGUGAGGAACAAAGCAGGGAAGGUACCUCAGGAACGAGUGGAGGAAAUGAUCACCUGUAAGCUCUUUGACAGACUGAGAGAUGAACAGCCAGAAUUUAAAGAAAAAAUUAUAGCAGUUGCUAGUGAUCUUACAGAACUAGAAAUGGCUCUUAGUGAGGAAGACAAAGAAAACCUCAUAAAUUGCAUUAACAUUAUAUUCCACUGUGCUGCUACUAUAAGAUUCAAUGAAAUUCUAAGAGAUGCUGUUCAGCUCAAUGUAAUUGCAACUCAGCAGCUUCUCUUCUUGGCCCAGAAAAUGAAGAAUCUAGAUGUAUUUAUCCAUGUUUCAACAGCGUAUGCAUAUUGCAAUCAGAAGCACAUUGAGGAAGUUGUUUAUCCACCACCGGUUGAUCCUAAGAAGUUAAUAGAUUGUUUAGAGUGGAUGGAUGACAACCUAGUGAACGAUAUUACACCAAAGCUAUUAGGAGACAGGCCUAAUACUUACACGUAUACAAAAGCCUUAGCAGAAUACAUUGUGCAACAGGGAGGUGCAAAAUUAAAUGUAGCCAUCAUAAGGCCAUCAAUUGUGGGUGCCAGCUGGAAGGAGCCCUUCCCAGGAUGGAUUGAUAACUUCAAUGGACCCAGUGGCCUUUUUAUUGCUGCAGGAAAAGGAAUUCUUCGAACGAUGCGAGCUUCCAACAAUGCAGUUGCAGAUCUUAUACCAGUAGAUGUAGUCAUCAACACAACAAUAGCUGCUGCUUGGUAUUCAGGUGUUAAUAGGUAUAACAGACCAAGAAAUAUCAUGGUAUACAAUUGUACAACAGGUGGCACCAAUCCCUUCCAUUGGGGUGAAGUUGAAUACCAUGUAAUAUCCACUUUCAAGAGGAAUCCUCUCGAACAGGCCUUCAGACGGCCCAAUGUAAAUCUAACCUCCAAUCACCUUUUAUAUCACUACUGGAUUGCUGUAAGCCAUAAGGCCCCAGCAUUCCUGUAUGAUACCUACCUCAGGAUUACAGGAAGAAGCCCAAGGAUGAUGAAAACAAUAACACGUCUUCACAAGGUUAUGAUGUUACUAGAAUAUUUCACCAGUAAUUCUUGGGAUUGGAACACAGACAAUGUCAAUAUGCUUAUGAACCAGCUGAGUCCUGAAGACAAAAAGGCAUUUAAUUUUGAUGUUCGACAGUUACACUGGGCAGAAUAUAUGGAAAAUUACUGCAUGGGAACAAAGAAGUAUGUAUUGAAUGAGGAAAUGUCUGGUCUCCCAGCAGCUCGGAAACACUUAAAUAAGCUACGGAACAUACGUUAUGGCUUCAAUACAGUGCUUGUGAUCCUCAUCUGGCGUAUUUUCAUUGCAAGGUCUCAGAUGGCAAGAAAUAUUUGGUAUUUUGUUGUGAGCCUGUGUUACAAGUUCCUAUCUUACUUCAGAGCAUCCAGCACUAUGAGAUACUGAAGAUGACAUUUCUAGCAUUAGGACAUCUAUGCAUAUGGUGGUCUAAUGGCACAAAGCCGUGUAUUGUACCUGCUCAUCUCGUCUUUUGUAAAAACAUGAAAUUUUAGAUCUGGAUUGUGAAAUACAGUACACGUGAUGCUUAAUUGUGUAUUUCUGUGAAGAUUAUAUGGCUGGUACUGGAUCAAUCUGUCAUAGGCAAAUAUGUAGAUUUAUUAUCCAAACAGAUUCAAUAUCUCUGUACGAGGAAACGCGUUAGGCCACCGACCAGUGUAACUGUGCAAUUCUGGAAUGCUUUGAAUUAAAAUCUGCCUUAACAUAGUAAACUUAAUUUUUAUUGCAAAUAAGCGCAUUUAGUUAAGGUGAACAAAUUAUUGGCUUAGAGGGGAGAUCUAUUUAUUUGAGACUUUUCAAUUGCAAAUGGGUCAUCUGGUUAAUCGUAUGAGAUCUAUCUUUGUAAAUGAUGGUGAUUUGGACCUGCUAUUCUUCAUACCUCAUUCACAGUGAUUUGAAGAAUACAAUGAAGAUUAUUAACAGAAACUAAUCGUCAUAAUUGAAAGUCUUUUUUUUGCUUCUAAUCUUGAUAAUGUACUUACUGAUCGAGAUUGACCCACAAUAAAUGGAAAUAAUUGUUCACAGUCUAGAUGUGCAUGCAGCAUCAACAUGUGUACUUGUUCCCCUUUCUUUAAUUUGAAAAGGUAGGGUUCUUCAAGGGAAAAAAUGUAGCUGGUACGCAUUGCUUUUCUUCCCAUGUUUUUUCUGAAUUAUGAUUAGAAGAAUUAUAGUGUGGUCAAGGAAAUAAGUGAUCUUAAAAGAAAUAGAGAUAACCCCCUUAGAGAUCUGACUAUUUAGAAAUGGCCAAGGAAAUUGGAAAUGUUGAAGCUUGAAAUUCAGAGCAACAACUUUCCUUUAUUAUCUCAAUUAAAAAAAAGAAAUGAUUUAUUUUAUAAAGCAGCAGAGUCAACAUAUUUAUGCUAAAUAAAAUUUACCACAGUUCUGGUAAAUGCUAGAAAGCAAGAAGGGUAGUAACUGAAAACACUAAAUGGAAAUUAGUUGAAUAAGCAUACUUUUCUUCAGGUUUUACUUUGAGCAGGGAAAUUUUUAAAAGGUUUUAUUGGAACCCUUUAAAACACAUCUGCAUAGAUUGUGUGGUAACUUCAACACUCCUUUUUAAAAUAUAAUCCACUAUAUCUGUGCAGUGUGGCGGAAAGUUGACCAACUUCUGCUGUGCCCUUUGUUAGUAGUAUAUUUAAGUAAAUUGUAAGUGAGUUUUCAAUGAAUUAUACAAGUGUUACAAUGCACAUGUGUCCUAGACUUAAAAUUCCACAUAGGAAUUUUGGUUUUGCUACUGUGGAAAUAUUCCAUGCAAGUUGCAUCUGAUUUUAGAGGGAAAACAUCCUUGUUGACAGUUAAAUCACUCUCUUGUACUUGAGUAUAUCAUUUGUUUGUUUGUUUUUUAAAGAAAAAAAAUGUAUAUAAUCUUUCCAGAGAUACAAAAUGUUGCAUAGUCAAGGACCACACUGUUAAGUGUGUGAGAUACUUUUGUGACAGUGAUGGAAGUACAAUAAAUUGUGGACUGUGUGAUUUAAGGUUUUACAGUUGGCUGCAAUACUCCUACUAUAUCCUGUUACAGCUGCUCCCUUAACUCUCAUCCAUCAUUGGAACUGCAAGUUGAUUUAGCAUUUAGGCACAUUGUGGAGUUACUUGGUUUUUAGACAAGAUACCUGUAACUCAACAAGCAACCAUGCAGUGUGCGAGUGUGUGUGUGUUUGUGUGUGUGUGUGUGUGGUUGAAUUUGGUGAAUGAGGCAAUUACAAGAUUUUUGGGUGUUUUAGACGUUCAUUUGUAUCCACACAACUUGUUUUUGUGGAAGAAAUCAUAGCUCACCCCUUAAAUCAAUGCAAUGGAGAAAAUGCCACUGAUUAUAAUACUGAAAGAAAUCCUGUGUUAAUGUAAUUGUUAAAGUUUUUGUAUUAGUCUUUACUAUCCAAGAAGACUGCAAUCUUGGGUCCUAGCUUUUCUGUUUAAUUUGGAUGGUUAUCAGACAUUCUCAUACACAGAACACCAUGCUGUGCUACAAGAAUAUUUGACAUUCCGCACAAAUUGGGAUUGUUGUGACAUUUUCUCAUAUAUACACUGUUGAUGUUUGUGCUGCAGUUUCAUUGUAAUCAGUUUCAUCAGUUUUUAAAAAACACAAGUUCCAAAAUUUGGGUACUAGUCUGGAAAGAUCUACUGGUUUUUUGAAACUGUAAAAUCUUAUAUGCAGCAGCAUUCAAAAAUAAAUCACCCAGCAAGUGUGCCAGAAUUUAAAUUUGGGACCAGAGAAAGAACAUUAUCCUUCAGUGGAGUUUUCUGCUGCAAGAACAGAUUCUGAAAACAAAACUUUAAAUCAUACAGUUUUAUAAAAUAGAAAUAUUGGGUGCCUUUGUUUGUAAACCAAAAAUAAACAAAUUCCUGAAUCUGA